UCCAAAGAACCAAAAUCUCUUUCUUCUUCUCGCAACCAUCCGCCAACAAACCAGCAGCUGAGCUGUUCUCACCCACUCGCUCCCUCUAUCUAUCCGCGCCGACACGCGCACGAUCCUCCCCUCCCUCCCUCUCUUCUCCAUUCCUUCUCCUCCUAGAUCCACUCGCCUCAGUCUUCCCCCUUACUGAGUUCAUUCUACCACACGACUCGAGUCAAGUACCAAUCAGCUCAUCUUUCCACACCCACUUCACCUUCCUUUCCCGGCGAUCGGACGAACACUGGGCUGUGGCCGAAUUGUGCGAAGGGUUUUGUUUCUGUCCGCUACUCAGUGUCAUAACUGAGUCGGGCAUCCGGGUCCGCGGAAAUGUUGGUUUUAUGACGGAGUUGUAUCCGUCUGGGGAAUUAGGGUUUGGAUUCUUCGACAUUACUAGUACGGACACUGGUGGGGGUGGUGUUGGAAUACUGCCAUGGCGACGACCGUGGCGAGCUGGAGGGACUCCUACAAGGGAAUGUCGUCGGAUAAUAUCAAGGGUUUGGUUUUGGCGCUGUCUUCCAGCGUCUUUAUUGGUGCUAGCUUCAUUGUCAAGAAGAAGGGCUUGAAGAAAGCCGGUGCCUCGGGCGUCCGGGCAGGAAGUGGGGGCUAUUCUUACCUGUACGAACCUUUAUGGUGGAUAGGCAUGAUAACAAUGAUUGUUGGGGAAAUAGCUAAUUUUGCAGCUUAUGCGUUUGCACCUGCUAUACUGGUUACUCCACUCGGGGCUCUGAGCAUCAUCAUCAGUGCGGUUCUUGCACACAUUAUUUUAAGAGAGAGGCUUCAUAUUUUCGGCGUUCUUGGUUGUGCUCUUUGUGUUGUGGGUUCCAUAACGAUCGUCCUGCAUGCUCCCCAAGAACGUGAAAUCGAAUCUGUAAUAGAGGUCUGGGAUCUUGCUACGGAGCCUGCUUUUCUAUUCUAUGCUGCCUUGGUCAUAGCUGCCGUUUUUGUACUUAUAUUCAACUUUGUCCCUGACUACGGGCAGACACAUAUUAUGGUGUACAUAGGAAUAUGCUCUCUUGUGGGUUCCCUGUCGGUCAUGAGUGUUAAAGCAAUUGGGAUUGCAUUAAAGCUGACACUAUCAGGAAUGAAUCAACUAAUCUAUCCCCAAACGUGGGCCUUCACAAUGGUGGUGAUUACUUGUGUUCUUACACAAAUGAAUUAUUUGAACAAGGCACUUGAUACCUUCAAUACCGCAGUUGUGUCACCCAUCUACUAUGUAAUGUUCACAUCGCUAACCAUUUUGGCUAGUGUGAUAAUGUUCAAGGAUUGGGACAGGCAAAGUCCAACGCAGAUAGUUACAGAGAUGUGUGGGUUUGUGACCAUCUUAUCGGGGACAUUUCUUCUCCACAAAACCAAGGAUAUGGCUGAUGCAGGUUCAGCAGCGCUCCCAAUCAGAAUACCGAAGCAUUCAGAUGAUGAUGGGUUUGAGAACGAAGGAAUCCCUCUCAAGCGCCAGGAUGCAAUGCGAUCAGCUUCCCAUUAGAGGACAUAUGUUGAUUACUCCUUCAUUUUGCACAACAAUCGCUGCUACUGCUGACCUGCUUAUCUGGGGCGCGACACACUGUCUCAGCGAGAUCAAUCCCGUAUUUCACAGAUGUGACAUGGUUGGUGAAUAGAAAGCAAUACUCUUUCUUCUUGUUGGUUGGGUCUCAACGUUUGGCUUUCUAAGAGUGCAUACACUAUACACCUUCCAGGGUCCAGGCACCCGCCCCCACGUAGGAGAAAGAAAGAGAAGUGGAAUUGGUCGAUUGUAAUUUUUGAGCGAUGCUUGCUUGUUAUAUAAUGUAAUUUUUCCACACCAGUCAUAGAGUAGAGUACUUGAUCCACACCUUUUCUUCUUCUUCUAAUCAGCUAUGACAUUCCUCUAUAUUUCAUAUUCUUUCAAUGCAAAACACUGCAUGAACGCUCAAUCACAACUUUGCCUCUGCCGUUGUGCAAACAUGUAUGGUCGUCGUAUUAUGUUUUGGGUUCACAACAGAAGAAUGCUACAGCUAAUCCUCGCGCCUAAUUUUGAGCUUUGACAGAAUAUUCUCUAGUAACUGGCAGUGCCUUGCUCCUGAGCAAAAUUGGCCGACCAUCUGGAAACUGUAUGGUUCAUCCAAAUACUCCAGCUUUCUCGACACCAGCUUGAUCUAGUGUGCUAUCAUUUCUUUGUUAUUUGCUUCAGAAGGGCUGACACAGAAGCACAAUGCGUCGACUUGCUCUCACACUUCUCGCAGCAUGAUUGCAGGUUUUCAAUCACUUUCUGACACCUUUGAGGGAGGAAGUUGUUCUUGGAGAGACAAGCUUGAAUAUCGCAGGCUUCUUUCUUGCACGGCUCUUUGAUGGGCUGUGCCAUCUUCUUCCCCGCUUUAUCUCUCUCUCUCUCUGGGACGGCUUUCCUCUGUUCACUAUAUUCUGCGUUGAGCGAGUUCAAUCUACAGAUUGCAGAACAAUCGCUGGUUCCUUCC